CAUGCUCAUUUCCAUUAUCUUCAUCUAUAUUCUCCCUCUCUUUCUCGUUCUCACUGUCUGUUUAAAGCUGGAGUCUUUUCUGUAUUUGCAGUUCACUUGCGCUGCCAAUAAAGGAGUAAAACAUGAUAUUUGUGAAAUUUUAAUAUCAUUUGUUCAUCUGCCAUUAAAACCUUCACUUUUUACUCUGUGUCAUUUUAUUAAUUAUUGAAUCUAUGAUAGUGAUAAUUUAACAUCUAUUGUGAAUUGAAUUUAUUCUGGAUUAAUCUCAUGGUAUUACCUAAAUCACGAUAGUCUUUGAAAAAGAUAAACUCGAUAUCAUCAGAGAUAAAUACAUUUUUAAUGGCUUGUUUUAUUUUGGUUUUUGUUUGAUUAGAUUUGCCUGAUUGGUCAUGAACCAUUAAAUUCGUAGCUGUCCAGAGAUGAAGUAAAGAUAUGAUCAUUCAUAUUCCUAAUUAUGACUGACUUCAUAGCAUAUGAAUUGGAGUCCAGGUAUAUCCAUAUAUUCACCAACUUACGAGAAAAAUGUGCCAAAGGUGAUGUUGCUAGAGCAUCUAGUUUAUUAGAAAGCUUAGGAAAUGAAGCCUCAAUCAUCAUUAAUGCAACUCCUAAUAGUGGUAAUACACUUUUAUUCUCGGCAUGUGAAGAGGGCCGAGAAGAAGUCGUUAGAUUGUUGGUCGAUUAUGGAGCCGAUGGAAGGAUCCAUCCUGUCACCAAAUAUUCACCUCUCUACAUUGCUUGUUACUCAGGUCGAACUGCAAUUGUAGACUAUUUGCUGACCAAAUUUCCCGAGUUGGUAAAUGUAGAAACAGUUGAAAAAUGGUUACCCAUACAUGGAGCAGUUAUUCAUAAUCAUGUUCAUAUUGUGUCAAAAUUGCUGAAUUAUGAUUAUCCAAGCUAUGCCUUAGUCAAAUUUAUCGAUCAAAAACACCAAGUUGAAUAUAAAUUUGCUUUCGAUGUAAAUUCUCAAGAUGUUACUGGCAAAACACCUCUUUAUAUUGCUUCUUUGAUAAGAAAUCAAAAUCUGGUGGAAUUAUUACUUAAAUUUAGUGUUGUUGGCCGUAAGUUGACAAAGAAAAAGGAUAUUGAUUAUAAUCCAGCCAAUCUUGAUUCUGAUCGUAAAAUUGGUUUAAAUCAGUCUUUAACAUCACCUGGAAAACAGAUAUCUCCUUCAAUUUCAAGUAUCAUUACAAAAUUAAGUUCUGCUAAUUUCUCUUCUCCCACCAAGAAUCUGGAUGAAAAUGAAAUUAAAGUUUCUGUAGUUGAUCCUGAUUUAUAUUGCAAUAAUGGAACUGAAACUGCUUUACACACCGCAAUUAGACGAAAACAAUACUCUAUAGCAUCAUUGCUUCUUCAACACGGCGCUGAUCCUAAUCUUCCAAUUUUAAACUUAGAUGAUUCAGGUGAUGGACCAGAUACCGUGAAAAGUGGUACGACCUCGUUAGCUGUUGCAUGCAAUACAAGAGAAUCCAGUUUAGUUGAUUUACUUAUUCGUUUCGGAGCUCGUGAUGAUCAAAGUUCAGCUUUGCACAUUGCAUCCAAAAAUGGUGAUAACCAUUUGAUAUCACGUCUUUUGGCUCUCAAAUCAUUUCCAGACCCAGAAUAUAAAAUAUACAAAAAGACUAUGGAAUUUUCCGGUUUUUCUAAUCGAGAAAUGGCAACAUCGGUUACCGUAAGCUCAAUUUUCCCGACCACACCAGUCAUGGUAAAUUGGUAUUCACUCAAAUGUCUCCAACGGAUCGAGAAAGAAUGGCUGAUAAGUGCCAGCAUUGCUCAUAAUAUUAAAUUCAAAUUGGAUAGUCAAAAACAAUCGGUUGUUCUCAAUGCAAUUACGCGCUUGGAUCUAUCAAAUAAUAAUUUAACCUCAGUUCCAUUCUGUGUUUUUCAACUUCCAUCCCUUCGAAUUCUCAAUCUUUCACACAAUCGUCUUACAACUUUACCAGAAAUCGAGGAAGAAAAACUCAACACACCAACAUCAUCAUCUCGUGGUAAAAUGAGAAAAUCCAGAAGUUAUCUUUCAAAUCUAAAAACUUCUUCUCUCAAUGCUAGUUGGUUUCUUCCCUGUUUAGAAGAACUCUAUCUUCAAAACAAUCGAAUUGAUUUGUUACCUCAUUGUGUUUUCGAGUUACCUUCGCUUCAUCUUCUUGAUCUCUCCAAUAAUAAGUUAACUUCUUUGCCCAAUCGUUUGUGGUCAGCACCUAAAUUACGUGAUCUCAAUCUUUCAUAUAAUCUUCUCCGAGAAUUACCUCUUAAAUUACCAUCUUCUGUUUCUUCGAGCUCAGUAGAAUCACCUCACCUCAACAGUUCCAAAUUAAGUCACAAAGACUUUUUCGGCGAUGAAACAUGUUCAUUAAAAUCAAUUGAAGUCUUAAACCAACGGUCAAUUAAACACGUUAACCUUUGGAAUGAUGAUGUUCACAUUGUGACUGAUACUUUACCCGAAGAAUCAGCUGAAGUCAUUAAACAAUGUAAACUAAACAAUUUAAAUUUAUCUCACAAUAGCUUUUUUGAAAUUCCUGAAAAUUUGGCUUGUCUUGCAGUAAAUUUAUCACGACUCAAUUUAAGCUAUAAUAAUUUAGGAUCUAUGGGCAACGCAAAAUCAUAUCCAGUAAGCUUAAAGCAUCUUGAUUUAAGUCAUAAUCGUAUCCAUGUUUGGCCUAGUAUGGGAUACAAUGACCAGGAAGAACAAUCAAAACAUUACAUUUGCUAUGGAAUUGAUUGUUCAUUUGAACAAUCAUCAUCGAAACCGUCUAAAUUAAAGCGAAUCAAAUUUUGUAUUCACAAGCAACACAAUCGUUUUACAUCCCUUAAAACAUUGAUUCUUGCUCAUAAUAAGCUUGUUAAUUUAAUAGUUGCCAACGACGAUCAAAUCGCUCUUGAAGAGUUUGAACCUCUCCUCGAAGCUGAUGGUAAAGCUCAUCGAUCACAAAUAUCUCGAACUCUUUUCCCUUCUUUAUCAAUGUUGGAUGUUAGUUGUAACUUUAUAACCGAAAUACCACCAAAUAUCUCCGAAUUAACUCAUCUUUCUGUUUUAAAUAUCGCACAUAAUCCUGAAAUAACCCGUUUACCUCCUCAAAUGGGUUUAUUAAGCAAAUUAUGGAAUCUUAGUACAACUGGUUGUAAUCUUAAUGAACCUUUAAAAUCGAUGAUUAGUGGUAAAAAAUAUAAAACAAUGGAUAUCAUUGGUUAUCUCAAGUCUAUUCUAGAAAAUUCAAAGCCAUAUGCUCGGAUGAAAUUGAUGAUUGUUGGUAUUCAAGGAAUCGGUAAAACAUCGCUUUUAGAACAAUUGAGGCAAGAAGGAACUGGAAGCUAUCGACGAAAGCCUCCAGAACAUUGGAGUAAGCGAAUUGGUAAUAAAAAUAUCAACCUCAAGACUCCUCGUGGAGUAACUUUAUCAACAGUCGGAGUUGAUGUCUGUGAUUGGACUUUUGAGAAGAAAAUAAAAGGCCAACAAUCUUUUGGGCCUGUUACUUUUCGAACCUGGGAUUUUGGUGGACAACGAGAAUACUAUGCUACUCAUCAAUAUUUUUUAUCUAAACGUUCCUUGUAUCUUGUAUUGUGGAAAAUGAUUGAUGGAGAAAAGGCAGUUGAAGGAAUACAACAAUGGCUUGUUAAUAUUCAAGCUCGAGCUCCAAAUUCACCAGUUAUAAUUGUUGGAACUCAUUAUGAUUUAAUUAGCGACUAUUUUCCUAGACUAUAUUCAGAAGAUUUACAGCAAAUGAUUAGAGAUAAAUUUAUGAAUGUCAUUGAUCCAGAUAAAUGUGGUUUGCCCCGUGUUAUUGAUUCAAUUGAGAUUAGUAUAAAGACUCGCCAUAAUAUCAAAACUCUCUGUCAUCUUAUUUACGAUACCGUAUUUGACUUGAGAUGUCCAGGAUCCAAAGAAAGACUAUUGGAGCAAAAAAUACCAGCGACAUAUUUAGCUUUAGAAGAUGUUGUUGGUUAUUUAGCGGCAGAAAGACGAUUCUCUGGCAAAGACCCUGUUCUUAGAUCUGAACAAUAUAAAACUCAAAUUUCGACAGAAAUGAGAAAACGUUUCAAUUUAACUUUUCGUGAUGAUGCAGAGCUUCACCAAGCAACGACAUUUCUCCAUGAAAAUGGUGUUCUUUUACAUUAUAAUGAUGCAACAUUGAAAGAUUUGUAUUUUCUCGAUCCUCAAUGGCUUUGUGAUCAACUUGCUCAUAUUGUUACAAUUAGAGAAAUAAAUCCUUACGCUAGAAACGGUAUUAUGAAAACUGACGAUUUGAAACAUUUAUUUAAAUCAUCUGAACUUUCACGGAAUGAUAUUAAAUACUACAUAAUCAAUCUGUUGAACAAAUUUGAAAUUGCCUUAACCUGGGAUAGUCGAACCUUGAUGAUACCAUCUUUGUUGCCAACUGAAGAAGCAAUGCUUUCUGGAGUUCCAAGUUGUGAUGUUCGAAUUCCUGUUCGAUCAAGAGGAUGGGGACUUCGAGGUGGUCGAUACACUCCUGUAUCUGAACUGGAGUCAAAAAAUUUAUCUAAAUUGGGUGAAUCAGCUAAAGAAUCGACUGCAGCAAUUUCCAGAAUCAAUCGACCUGACAAAUCAAUUUAUCGUUUAUUGUUGAUGACUUAUUUUCCGAGUGGUUUUUGGUCUCGAUUAAUGACUAGAGUUCUUGCUGAUGACGCUGUGAUUGAAAUUGUGCGAUCUUUCUAUAAAGUUCCAUAUGAUUUUGACUCGGAUUCUUUGCUACUUAAUUUUCUAAAUCGCAAAUCAGAAUGGAUUUGUUGGCAAACUGGAUUUGCAUUGAAGCAUCUUGAUCAUGAAGUUUUUCACGUAAAAGAAGUAAUUCUUUCAUUAGACAAUAUUAAUUAUGAUCAUUAUCAAAAAUUUGCAUAUCAUAUCAAACAAGAAGGACUUUGGAUGGAUGUUGAAAUUACUAAAUCAUCUAUUUUAGAAAUACAUUUACCUAAUCAUGCAAUGAAUGUGAAAACUUAUUCUUGCGGUGAAUUUCAUGAUUAUCUAAUUGAACCAAAUCAAGAAUACAUAGCUAAAUUGUUGGCAUUAACAGUCGAUCACAUUGAUACACUGCUGGAGGACUGGUAUCCUUCGUUGGGAACUCGUUUUGUUCAUACUUCUGAGGGUAAAUUUUUGGUUACAAGGAUGAUUCCAUGCACUCAAUGUUUUCUUGAAAUAUCUGCUGAUGAAUCAACUACGGUGGCAUCAAAUUGUAGUCGUGAUAUGGUUAUGACUUUAGAAUCAUCUGGAUCAUCUGUUGAAAUAAAAGAUUGGUGGUCAUCAUCACUUUCAUCUUCAGCUAAAACUUCAAACAUUGGAUCAGUCAAAAGUGUUAAUUCAUUGGAUAGUGGAGUUGAUAAUUGUAGUUCAGUUUCAAGUGCAAAUGUUUCAACAGAUAACUGUCACAUUAACAACAAUAGUGGUAAAAAAUUGUUCAAUGAUAACCGACAAACUAACCAAGAUUCAAUCCAAGGGAAUAGUAAUAGGAACAGAGUCACUGUAGUAUACUCUUUCAUGGUUGAAGAAUGUAUUCUUCAAGCUUCCCAGGAGAAAACAAUUGUCUGUCCUCUUCAUGGUUCGCUCGAUUUAAAGGUUAUCGCUCCUGAUAUUAUGUUUCUCGAUUUGGCUGAGCAUUAUUUGAUUAAACCUGAAACUAUACGUCGAGGUAAAAUGUUGGGAAGAGGUGCUUUUGGUUUUGUUUUUCGAGCUUCAGUUCGCCAAAGAGGAUCUAUGAUGGUCACUGAUGUAGCGAUGAAAAUGUUACAGCCGGUCGAACCUGGAUUUGGAGCAAAAAACUCAGAUUCAGUGGCAUUCAAAGCAGCUUCCAGUAAAUGGGAUCGCGAUCCUUUACAAUAUGCCUGUAAAGCUUAUUGUAUAGCUAGACAAGAAUUGAAUAUUUUGUUAACUUUACGACAUCCAAACAUUGUCCCGCUUGUCGGUGUUUGUCCUCACCCAUUGGCUUUAGUUUUACGCCUAGCACCACAAGGAGCACUUGACCUUAUUAUAAAAGAUUAUCGUCGAUCGGGAGUUCAAUUGAAUAGUUUUGUGAUUCAGAAAAUAAUUUUGCAAAUUGCCAAAGCAUUGGAAUAUCUUCACCAACAGAGAAUCAUUUAUCGCGAUUUAAAAUCAGAAAAUGUGCUCGUUUGGGAAAUACCAAGGCCUUAUUGUUUGCCUUCAAAUUUUUGCGGAGAAGUGAAAGUGGAUGUUAAAUUGGCUGAUUAUGGCAUUAGUCGAGCGAUUCUUCCAACAGGUGCCAAAGGUUUUGCUGGAACGGAAGGAUUUAUGGCUCCAGAAAUAAUGAAAUACAAUGGAGAAGAAGAAUACACUGAAAAGGUUGACUGUUUUUCAUUUGGAAUGUUUAUCUAUGAACUUCUCAGUUUAAGGCAACCAUUUGAAGGGCAAGAUUGCGUUAAAGAUCACAUCCUUGAAGGAAACCGGCCUAUUUUAACUGAAAGAGACACCUUUUAUCCUUGCUAUUUUCUUGAUUUAAUGGUUCUCUGUUGGUCACAAGCACCCGAUAACCGACCAUCUGCCAGUCAGAUAGUUUCCAUUGCCUCUGCACCUGAGUUUGUUCACCUACUUGAUGUUGUCCUUCUUCAGGACAAUUUUGCUCCAAUCAGUUCAAUCUUGAUUCCUAAUAAACAAGCAAAGUGUUUUGAGCUAUAUAUCGGUCGACAUGGUAAACAAACCGAUUUACUGAUUGGAAAUAAUCAUUUAUGGCAAGACUAUCGAAGUGUCAAUGGUCUUUUAGGAUACACGAUAACUUCAAUGUGUAAUGUACAAAAUUAUUUAUGGUUAGGAGAUGGUUCCUCGUGUGUACAUAUUUUUAACAUCGACACUUACCAAGAGAUAACCAAUUUUACCCUUGAAUCGACUUGCAUUGAAGUUGUGGUUACCUCAAUACGAAGUAUGGUUUACCUUGAACCCUGUGGAAGUGUUGCUGUUCUCAAUAACUCUGGACAACUUUGGAUUGUUGACGUUGCCUCGCUAACAGUUAGAGAAAUUUCAUCUGAAUCAAUGAAUCCUUAUCUUUGUAUAACAGGUUUACAAAAAUCGGAUUCCGCUGAACUUUGGUGUGGUCAAGCUGAAGGGUUGCUGUCAAUAAUGUCAUUUACUAGUCCCAAUGAAGAGACUGUGGAUUUACUCAAUCAUUAUUCAGGAGAUAAAUUAGAUUUCCCCGAAAAGUUAGAUGUUUUACAAAUAACUUCUAAUAAUUCGUAUGCAUGGACCUACUUAUAUCCUGGCUGUUUGAUUUAUCAAUGGGAUGUUUCGAGUAGAAGUCUUCUUCAUAAACUUGAUUGCUCUAAAUUGCUUCCUUGCUCAGAAAGUAUUAGAUCUAUUGGCAUUGAAGAACAAGUUUACCCUGAAAAUUGCCAAAUUACAUCCAUGACUAUUGCUGGAAAUGAACUCAUUGUUGGUACAACUUGGGGUUGUUUGAUUGUCUUGGAAGCCUCGACAAUGAGACCCAUUACUGUUUUCCGACCUUACGAAGACGAAAUACGAAACAUAAUCUACAUUAAUGGCUCAGAAGUAUUUGAUCUCUUUGAUUCUGGUUAUUAUAAUGAGCAAAAAAAUCAAGAAAGUACUUCUCAAUCAUCACUUUCUCAAUCAAAAAAUCCACAACAUGAUCCACAACAUGAUGAUGAGUACAUUUUAACUAUUGGAAAAGGCUAUCGUAAUCUGGCGAAUCGUUUCCUUCAUGAUUGUAGGGAUGGAGAGAUUCAAUAUCACACGAAUGGUUACUAUUGUAUAAUAUGGAAAUCGGGCAACUGGGUAUUGAGUUAACAGUAAUCAGACUCUAAAGUACUCUAUAUUCAUCAUCUGAAUGGACUUUCGUUUUAAAUUUAGAGCUUAAUUUAUUGAUAAUUUAUUUAUUUGUUGUUUUAUUGUUAUUAUGUUGCUAAUAUUAUAAUAGAUAAAUAACUAAAUUAUUUUUCUACUUUUGAUGUAUAAUUAUGUAAAUUAUAUUACUGAGGCGUUCAACUUUAAUUUUGUCUCAACACUGACAUCUUAUUAAUUUGACUUUUCAAUUUAUUAAAACACUGACAAAACAUUCAAACUUUAAA